GCUGUACAAACACAGAACCUAUCAUAAUAGGAUCCUUGUUCAGGAUUGGGGCUCUUAGGCCCUACCACAGUUCAAAUAUUAUAUAAUAAAAACAUUUUGUUUUUGUCUUUGUGUGAAUUUUGACUUCUCCUUUGUAUUGCAUGUGAAUAAACUAAUUUUUAUAAAUCACUUCCUUUUCCAUACAUAAUAUUUUACUUUAAAGACCGAGAGAACCUUAACACAUGAUUUUCUGCAGUUAUACUGUUUGUGAUAUAUAGGAAUGGACUCUAACAACUUUAAUUUCAAGUUAAGGUUUUUUGGGUACAUGUUGGAUAACUGAUGUAAUAGCACACUUGGAAUUUUUUUUCCUCUUCUACAAGUUGGAGAGCUUUGACACCUUCUUGGAAGCACGUGAACCGUUUUGAAUACUAUUUAUAGCUAAAUAGAAGUGAAGAAACUUGCCAUUUUGUCCUGUAAUAUUUACUAUUUUCUGACAGUGUAGAGUAGUAAAAUAUCAGGUCAAGAUUAUAACUGUGUUAAGAGAGUCAAUCUGACUGUUUUCACCCAAUAGUUUUUUAACUUUUAUAUGAAAUUAGAAGUUAUUCCAUUAAAAAUAAUUCACUGGGUUGUUGUUUUUUGUUUUUUUUUGUCUCUUCCUCCCUCCCGUCCCCAAUUCCAGGGAAAGACUCUCGUAUAAAUACAGAUGACCAUGCAGCACUCAGUUCAGGUGUGGUUUGGAGAUGAUGAUCCUCUAACAUCACGAAGCCCUCUAACUCCCAGACAUGGCCCGGGCUUGGCAGAUGUUUGCCUAUAUGAUCAGUGGAUAUCUGUGCGGCAUGAAGCAACUCUGGUGCCUAUGCAGGAAGAUCUAUCAAUCUGGCUAUCUGGAUUACUUGGGGUAGACGUUACAGCGGAACGGUUGCUGGAAGAGCUUGAUAAUGGUGUACUACUCUGCCAGUUGGUUGGUGUCCUUCAAAGUACAAUUAAAAAAUGCUGUAGCUCAAAGGACUUAAGGAAUUUUCCUAUGAGACGUGUUCCAUGUAAGAAGAAUGCACCAUCAGGAUCCUUCUUUGCUAGAGAUAAUACAGCCAACUUCCUUAACUGGUGUAGGUGCAUUGGAGUUGAUGAUACUUAUCUCUUUGAAUCUGAAGGGUUAGUUUUGCACAAGGAUCCAAGACAGGUAUAUCUCUGUCUACUGGAAAUUGGUCGCAUCGUAUCGAGGUAUGGAGUUGAACCUCCUGUGCUAGUAAAACUGGAGAACGAAAUUGAGUUAGAAGAGACAUUAUUAAUGACCUCUGGGCCUGUAACAUCUCUCAGCACCCCAAAGUCAUGUUGCCACCAUGGGGAACUGCAUGAAGCAGUUAAGCACAUAGCAGAAGAUCCUCCCUGUAGCUGUUCCCAUAGAUUUUCGAUUGAGUACUUAUCUGAAGGACGUUAUAGAUUGGGAGAUAAAAUACUCUUCAUACGAAUGCUGCAUGGAAAACAUGUGAUGGUACGUGUUGGUGGAGGCUGGGACACACUUCAAGGUUUUCUUCUCAAAUAUGAUCCAUGUCGAGUGCUGCAAUUUGCAACUCUGGAGCAAAAAAUCCUGGCAUUUCAGAAAGGUGGCCCCAAAGAAGACACCCCUGAUUCAUCAUCUAGAACUCUGCAGCCUCCUUUCAUGAAUCCCAUAUCGGCUAUUAAUAUGUUUCAGAAACCAAAUACAAAACCACCCACUCCUGUUUCAGUUCUAAAAGCUGCUCAGGUGGCCAGUGGUAAGCAGGCAUUAUCUAAACGUCCACAGUCACCUGCCCUGUCAUCCCCAAAAGCAGCAACCAAGUCCAUAUCAGCUCAUUCCAAGUUACAAGGAUCUCCAGCAAAGGGUGCCCAAUCUCCUUUCAGAUCCUUAACAGGUGCUUCAAAGAAACUGGAUUCUUCUGCACGCAACUUACCAACUUCUGCUAUUUCAAAACUUGCACAACCUGUAAACAAAAGUUCUUCACCUGCAUUAUUAAAUACUGCUCCUGAUUGUUCAGGGCCACGGUGCAAACGCAUCUGGUCCCCUGAUACUCCUAACAUCAAACUUCUACCAUCCCAGAAUUCUCCAGCAGCAAUUUUACAUCCUACCCUCUCUUGCUCUACAAGUCAGCUUUCAGAAUUACCUGGGACAAGAGAGAUGACUGCUUCGAAACAAAAAUAUGCUCCUUCUAAAUGCAAAACUGUAUCUAACCCUACCACCAAACAUAAUUCUAUUGCUUCAAAAUCCUCAUCAAAAUCUGCUAGGCUACCUAACGCAAAUCUGCCUUCACAUUCUUAUCAGUCUCUUGCAAAAAUAGCAAAACCUGCUUCCAAAUGUAACAAUGAAGCAUUGGGAAUAGGGUCCCAGUCUCCCAGAAUAGUGCCACAAACAGGAUCUGGCCCAGGGAGGAAUCUCAGAACCACUCCUGUCUUAAAACAGCCAGGUUCUGCAUCUUCGUUUGCAGCUGGUAAAACAUCACAGUUAAUGCCUCCACUGGGAUCUCCAAGCGAGAGAGUAGCUUCAGCUGCUAAUAAACGGCCUGCAGUAAAGUGUUUACAGGGGCAAGAUAGCAGUAUAAGCCCACAGACAGGAUCCAGUUUAUCAAAACAUCCUGAACGCACUCCAUUAUCUGUUGUACGACUUCCCCAAACUUCAGCCAAAGCACAAACGACAAAAAAGACAGCACAGCCUUCCCCAACAAAUCACUCCUCAAUCAAAACCUCCCAAAAGAGCAAUGAAAUCCUGGCUUCAACAGCUAAGAAACCCUUCUCAAAAGGAAAGACUACAACUGCAUAUGGCAAGGGGACGCCUCGUGUAUUAAAAGAUCCUAUUUUGAAGGCUAAACAAGAUGAUCACUAUUUUGUUAUGACUGGCAGUAAGAAACCCAGAAAGUAAACAGAAAUAGUGCUUUCAAUUUAAAUAGCACUACAUUAAUCACAAUGGUAACACUUUUAUGUCUCAGACAUGUAUGAGAUCUAAGUCUGUGUUUUUUCUAUAAGGAUUUACUAAGUACUCUGUCCAUACUUUGUAGUUAAAUACCAUUCCACUCUUAUCACCAUAUGAAAAGUAACUUUACUUGCUAUUCACCAUAACGCAGUACAGACAGAGUACACCAGUUUGUUGCUACCAUGAUGAUUUAAGGCUGUUCUGGUUUUGGAGAGGAGGGCUGUUGCUGCUUUCCUUAAAUGGAUUUUAGCUUCUUCUAGAUAUUUCUCCAAAGUAGGAUCCAGAUGAUGAUUCAGAACACUCUGGUACAUCAGUGUCAAGUACCUGCUGUUAAUAGUUACAUUACAUAUACUGUACGUGUAUAAUAUCACUAAAAGCCAACUUAUUUGAAAAUAAAGAUAACAGGAUUAACACUUUCAUUGCACUAAUUGAGCAAACAAAUUUAUCAAAUUUUGGAUGGGCAGUUGAUAGGGACUCUACGAAUUAGGACUCUAGGCCAAGAUUUUCAAAUGGCUGGUGAUUUUUUGGGUGCACACUGGGAGAUGCCUUAAAGUGGCCUGAUAUUUCAGAAGGUGCUAAGCAUCCGAACUCUGAAAAUCUGGCUGCUUUAAGGUAUGUCAAGUUGGGCACAAGUCUCUUUUUUUGAAAAUCUUGGCUUUGGCACUCAUCUUUUUAGUGCCUUAGCAUGUUGAGUCUCAGUAACCCUCUCACACUGAAUGUCACACUGUUGUUGUUGAUUUUUUUUAUUAUUAUUAUUAUUAUUAUUAUUAUUAUGACAAGAUACAUUUUUUUUAAUGAAAGAGGAUUGUGCUUUUGAUAGUUUUAUUAAAUUGCCAUUGUUGGUUUUAAAGUGUCUCUUCCCCCUGAGCUUUGACUUCUGUUUAAAUCUGCUAUAAUAACUCUACGUGGUCAUUCCUUUUUGGAGUAAAGUAACAGUUUCCCAAAGAGCUAACAGGGCUAUAUUCACCCUCUUCAGAGGGCCGCAUGAGGCUUCUUACAUAACACUUAAGCCCUCAAAAUAGGGUUUAAGAAAUACUAGUAUGGUGCCUCCGCCUGGUGCUAACCUUUGCACAAGGGUGAAAUUCUCCCUGAAUGAAUGAAAACUAUGGUCACUUGCACUAAUUACCAACUCUGGGUCAGUGUUAUCUGAAGUCAGGAUAUUUUACAAGUUUAAAGAACGGCAAUGCAAGCAUUUAAAAGGAAUCUUCUGUCUUAAAUUUCAUAAAUGGAAUAUGACUGUGUGACUUACAAAGUGAGAGAAUAUUUUUCUUCUCCUAAAGAAUUUACCUAUGGGCCAAUGAUAAGGAUACAUGAUAGUCUGAAUUUUUUUUAUUCUCAGAACUGGAGUUAAAGAGAUGUUUAUAAACUAAUCAUGUUUUUUUUAAUUGGCAGUGGCAGCCUCAUAGAUCUGUCAUUAUCGGCACUUGUUAAUUCUCCGUUAUUUAUGAUUGUAUUUAAAGUAUGCAUAUAUACUCUAGAGUACCGGUUAGUCUGUUGAAAGUGGAUGUUGUGUAAACAAGCUACUAGCUAAUACUUUGGAAUAUUAAAUACACCAACCUUCAUAUCUGAGACAGCAAGUCUAAAAAGCUUAUUUUUAGCUAUAAAAUUGUCUGUUUUGAAAAAAGUCUGUUGCUAAAUUGCUUUAAGAAAAGGAGUACUUGUGGCACCUUAGAGACUAACAUUUAUUAGAGCAUAAGCUUUC